AUGUUGCGCAUAUUCAAGGUUUUAUCGAAAGGUAGGAAGCGCAGAAUGUCGCAUGUUGGGGACCACUGCUUCGUGCAAGGAAUGUCAACAAACUGGUCCAGGUCCAUGCUUGUGCCGGUAGUAUCGGUAACAGUCCCGGUCGCUUUCCAGCUUGCAGCUGCAACGCAUCAUGGACAUGGUGUUGUCGAGAAUUGUGUGAGACAGGACUUGUCCUAUGUAUACAACGACGUUAUGCGUAGGAUGGCAGGGAGCAUGUGUGUCUGUCCAAAGUUGCCCUUUCGCGGUAGACCGGUGGCUAAGAAAGAUGAGAGGCGGAAGCGCAGGUUUCAAAACAUGUGGGCUCAAGCUCGCUGACUGAAAUCCACAAGCGAUUGCAGCUUUCGAGUACAUGCUUCAAGAGACGGCGAGACUUUGGAAAUACUGUCUUCGUUGGCGUAAAGGAAGAAAUGCAGGAGGUAGGUAAAUUGGUAGCUCUGCAAUUAGUCAGGUGUGUUGCCUGGAAGGUCAGCCUGGAUCUUCCAUGCACCUCACCAGACCUGAGUGGGUAUGGCGCACACCCAGGCUUGUGAGGAACAGUCACCGGCAGAUUGGAAGGCAAUGUGAAGACCUCGCCUUCCAGUAUAGGAGUUUGAGUGUCACGCGUCUUGCUACUUUUACAGCAUCGUAUGGUAACUUGUAUAUGAAGGAAGCAUGACGCCAGAGAAGUCUAGGAAGUAUCAUUGACCUCUACAAACCAAAGUUGUUGAGAACCUCGUAUAGAAGACGACGGACUUCGAACUAAUAAGCACAAACCAACUCUUCAUGGCGCCUGACCUCUGGAAGACUGAACAUUGGGUGGAGAUCAAUCCGAAGGGAAGGGCGACGAUGUUUGAUCCGACGAGCAAUCAAUAACAGAAUAUUUCAUAAGAAUACACGGACGAUUAACGUUGGGUACACUUGGACAUUGCAAAGUUUAUAGCGCGAGGAUGUUGUCAUUCUCUUACACUAUUAAACGACCCUUCCUGAACAUCUGCUCAUGUUUUGAAAUACAUGAGGAACAAAGGCGACGUAUACAACCCA